AUGAAUAAUCGUUAUGUUGGAAGUGAUCCGAAGGAGGCAAGAUUUUGGUUAAGACAAUUCCAAUACCAGGCGAAUGACCCUAAGCAUCCAUUUGCUGUGUUGCAAGCUGGAUCUUCUAUUCUUCACAGUAACGAGGCAGUGAAGAUUUUGUGUUCCUCUCUUUCGUUUCUCAAUCGAAAUGGUAUGCCAACUGUCCUAGUGUAUGGCCCAGAUCAAGACUCUUGCAAUGAUGAGAAGUUAUUUCACCUGGCACAGCAGCUUCAACAGCAGGAAAUGCAACUGGUCGACUGCCUUGAAAAGUUCUGUCAUGCAGACACGCGGGCAUUUUGCGGAGCAAGUGGCAUUCUCCAGAGCCAGAAGUCUCGCUCAAGAUUGCAACCUGUCAUAGAUCAUGUAAAUGCAGAUCCAAUUACAUGGACAUUUAGGUCGGGUCGUGUACCAUUGCUAACCUCUGUAUCCAUUGAACGGAGAACAGGUCGACUCACACCAAUAUGUUCUCGACAUGUUGCCAUAAAACUAUCAGAGGUUCUUAAGCCUAUGAAAGUGAUUUUCCUAAAUGAAACUGGUGGCCUGUUUGAUGAACAUGGAAAAAUUGAUGAAAUUGCUUCCCUUCUCAAAGAUCUGUCAAGCAACUCAACAGCGGUGAUAACAAGUCCAGUAAACAUUAUUAAAGAACUUUUUAGUCAUCAAGGUUGUGGCACUAUGAUACAGAAAACUGAAGCAAUCCAUCGGUACAAGUCGUUGGAGGAAGUUAAUGUCCCAAGACUGACGAAACUCUUAACUCAGUAA